AUGGCCACUGCGGCGUACUAUCCGGUAAACGAUACCAGCCUUUCACCCGCUGAGAGGGCCUACCUCCAGGAACUCACGGACAUUGCCGCAAAACAGCCACUGGAAGAGGACAAGAGGCAAGAGGUCCGCAACAUCACCAUCAUCUUCACAGUUAUUGCGGUACUCGUUGUAGCGCUACGAUGUAUCUCGAGACUGAAAAUCAAAGCGCCAUUCUGGACCGACGACUGGCUGACCCUGGCCACUCUAAUGCUGCUCUUCGGAAACGCAGCUUUCAAUUUUGUAGUGGUAGAACAAGGGGUGGGAUUGCAUUCGGGCCGCCUUAAUCUUCCACAGCUUCAAGCCCUGAAUAAGACUAUCGUCGGGGCAGAGGUUAUAUACCUUACAGGAGUCAACGCGUACAAAAUAUCUCUCCUGUUCCUAUACUUCCGUAUAUUUCCAAUCAAGUCCGUCCGAAUCUGGGCCUACGUGUUCGGCGGACUCUCAACAUCCUGGAACAUCGCAGGUGUCUUUGCCGCUGCUUUCCAGUGUACACCGCGAGCAAAGAUUUGGGAACCUUGGGUGGAAGGAUAUUGCAUUAAUGUCUUCUUGGCGCAAUUACUUAAGACAUUCCUUGUCUUCAUGUUCAUGUCAGGCUCUUACGUCGUCUUUACGAGCAUCUACCGCUUCACAGUAUAUCUGCACUACAGCUCAAAAAAUAUCCCAUUCACAUUGGCUACUCCUGUGGCCUGGAAUAUUAUCGAAAUCAGCAGUGGGAUCGUCUCCUCGUGUCUUCCAACCUUGGGCCCGAUCAUUCGUCCUGUCAUCAAAUCAGUUAUGCCCUCAACUUUGGGCAAAUCCGGGAAUAAGGACAGUGCACACAUAGGUUACGAAAGACGGAACGGUGCCGCAAGCCGCUCGGGCCUAGUGACAAUCGGCGGGGGCAGCACUCACCAAAACAACGGCCAUUGGAGCAGACUGGAAGGCUCCGGGCGCCACGGUGUUGAUGGGAGGGGAUCUUCUGCCUUACAUUAUGAUAUCGAAAUGCAGCCGCGCAGCAAGAUCACCGGCGUCGACGCCAUCAAGCAGAACCAGCCCGGAUACUGCCAGACGACGACGAUCACGAAAGAUGCAGAUGUGAAGAGCAAGGCCUUGAAGUUCAACGCAUGA